GAUUAACAAAAAACUCAUUAUUUAUAAAAUAAAUCACGCCCAAAAUUCUGCAAAUAAUCUUUCUCCGACAAAACCCAUUUCAUGAUGAUGAUGGAGCUCGAAUGCUGGAAUUAGCUCACUGCUCGGUGCAGGUGUUCUGGCUAGUUUAGAUAAUGUGGGUGUUGUUAUGAUGGGACAUGACUGAUCAUGAUGCCUCAUUCUGAGUACUUUACUAUAAUUUUGUUCUCUAGAUGCUGAAACUCUGAUUAUUCUUAUUAUUUAUUUAUUAAGUUACAAGGUGAAGAUGAAUUUGCAAGCACACCCUUCAGACCAUAUCUCAGAACAGGCACUUAACCAAGCCGGUACUUUAUUGACUGGGAUACCACAGCAAAAUAUUGCUCUGCCUAGUCAGAUGCAAAAUCCUAGUAUGCAUCGUCGUGUGCAGAACAUGGACCCUGAAUAUAUAGAAGCACGGAGGUUUAUGACUGAAAAGAUAAUUGAAUUUCUCAUGCAGCGGAGGCAGCAAUCUCAUGAGUUACCUGGUAAAAAUAUUUGGGACCUAGCAAGGCGCUUAGAAGAGGGUAUAUUCAGGAUCGCUACAUCCAAGGAGGAGUAUCUAAACCUUGCAACCUUGGAAAGUCGUUUGCAAUUUGUUAUUAGACUAUCAAAGACUAAUCACAACCAGCAAUUUUCACAAGUUAAUACAUCGCCUUCCAUGGGUACAAUGAUUCCAACUCCUGGAUUACCCCAAACCGGUAAUUCAAGCCUGAUGAGAAUGUCGUCUGUGGAUAACUCUAUUGUUGGUAACAGUAGCUCUAAAACAAUUGCAUAUUCCACCAUCAAUUCUGGAAACUUGUUGCUGGCUGGAAAUGGAUCUGUUGGGAGUAAGGCCGGUGGUUCUUUUAGUUCUUCUAGUGGUGCUUUAGCUAAUGGAUAUCAACCAUCAUCAUUGGGGGGUACAGUUAACUCUGUUGGCAAUAACACAGCGACAUCUAUGAGUGUUCCGAGAAUAACAAGCCAAAUGAUUCCCACUCCUGGAUUUUCUAGUUCAGAUAACAAUGAUAUAAAUACUAAUGCUAAUAAUCAGUCUCUGAUAAAAAUGGAGUCCUCUAAUAACAUGUUUGCAUUUCCAGCUUUUGAAUCUACUGAUGUAUCACAGCCGAUGUUGCAAAAGCAGCGAGUUGGUCAAAAUAGUCGUAUUCUGCAUAAUAUUGGCGGCCACAUGGGUGAACUUAGGUCUACAUUGCAGCAAAAGUCGUAUGUUCCAUCAAAUGGGCCCUUAGAUGCGGGGCUGGGGAUGAUGGGAAACAAUAUGUCUCUGAUGAAGGGUCCAGUUGCUUCUGAGGGAUAUUUAACAGGAACAUUAUAUGGCAACUCCCCCAAACCAUUGCAACAACAUUUCGAUCAACAUCAACAGUCAGCAAUGCAGGGUGAUAGAUAUGGAAUUGGAAAAGUUGAGGCUUCAGGGUCUGGUAAUAUACAUUCUCCAGUAACCUCUGUUGGGUCAUUGAUGAACAGUCAGAGCUCAACUGCUGUAUCCUUGCAGUCCAUCCCCAAAACAAACUCUCAUUUGAUGAUAAAUCGUUCGAAUAUGCAAUCUACUCUACACGCAAGUAUGAAGGCGCAAUCAUUUGAUAAAUCUGACAAGAUGAACUUCCAAUUGCAGCAUUCAUCUAGAGAAAAUCUUGUACAAUCUCCUCAACAAGAAUAUCAACAACCAUCUCACCAUUUUUAGCAGCAGAAACUUGGUCAACAUCAACUCCAGCAAAAGCAGAAAAGUCAGCAUCUCCAACCUAUUUUAAUGAAUGACACAUUAGGACAGUCUCAGCUAUCGUGUAGUGUAGGCGUUGAAGGAAAGAUCGAGCCUGGAAUAAAGCAUCAAGAGGAAAGUCUGCACUUGCAAGUCUCUAAGACAUUCGAGUUUUCUGAUUUAGAGAAGUUAUGCCUUAAUAUCAAUUCAUAUUUGAAUUUUCGAUCGACUUUUGUGUGCAUAUUACUAUUUUCAAUUAGUUGGAAGUAGUUAGAAAAAUAAUCAAAAUAAUCACAAUUCUUGUUUA